UCGCCGCAGUCCGUUACAAUAUCACGUCUGGACAAUAGCUCCUCGCCGGUCGCGAAUACCUACGAUCCACGCUACUUUAAAAAAUCACAUCGCCGCCGCCGCCGUCGUCUUGCCCGCGCGCGCGCGCUAACACACCCGCCACCGCCGUCCACGCACGCCACACGUCGUACGCAACACUUGACUUGAUACGCAGCGGUAACUAAAAGUAACAAUAUCGAAGAUCAAACGCUUCCUUUGAAAAAUGUUGAUGUUUCUGACUACCGUCGUAUCUUGCCUGUGCAUGAUGGAUUUGGGAGCGGCGAUAUCGGUGCCAACGGGCAAGACGACGCCCAUCGAACCUGCUGUGCCCGAGCCAAAAAUAAUUCCUGUGCCUGGUUCCUAUCUGGCACCACCGGCUCCCGUACAGGAGUAUUCGGAAGAAAGACCCGAACCACCGCCAUUGGAUCCGUCUUAUGUGCCAAUCCCAUAUAACUUCAUCGAGUACUUGGCGCCUCAAAGUCUUCUACUGGUACCAAUGAAAAUUAAAUUCCAGAAACCUUAUUCAAAAUAUGAAAAAUACCCACUUACAGCAAUUAAGUAUCAGAAGCUUAUCAAAAAUGAAAAUAUGAGACGGAAAUACUAUUCAAAUAUCCCACAACAAAAUAAUAUUCCAUUUAAUUGAUGAGUGUUAUAAAUUCUCUCAUCGUCAAAAAUGUUUGCCAUGUCAUAUACAUAUAUAAUAUGUAAUUAAAAUAAAAUGUUAUACAUUUUUUACCUCUUAAAAAUAAUUGUUUUUAUCUCUACUAUAA